GCCAUGCAUUUGUCUCCCCUCCAUCGCACCCACAUCCUCUGUUCUCUUCUGUCUAUACGCAACUCUAGAAAUGGCUUCCGCACGCUUCUUGUGUUCUACCUCUAUCCUUCUGUUGUCACUACUCGUUAUUGCCUCUGCUGCCGAUUAUGGAUAUGUCCCAAAACCAGACUACGGGAAUCCCAAACCCGAAGAUAAUAAGCCUCUCCCCUCAAAACCUGACUUUGAGAAACCAGAACCCGAAGGAAAGGAUUACAAUCCUCUUCCCACAAAGCCAGACUUUGAGAAACCAAAACCCGAAGAGAACGAUUAUAAGCCUCUUCCUACAAAACCGGAAGGAAAUGAUAAACACCUCCCCACAAAACCAGAAUACGAGAAACCAGAUCUUGAUGGAAAGGAUGAGCUAUUCUCAUCGCUCAUCGGUAUUCAAGGGCUUGUAUUAUGCAAAUUAGGCUCCACGUAUGUUCCACUCAAAGGAGCCGUGGCAAGGAUAACAUGCAAAGCUGUUGAUGAGAGAGGGUACGAGGAAGUUCCCUUAUCCGUAUUAAGCAAUGAAUGCGAUGCAAAGGGUUACUUCCUGGCAACAUUAUCUUCUUCCUUUCUUAAGGAAAACUGGAAGAUAAAAGAAUGCAAGGCAUUCCUAGAACAUUCUCCCCUGAAAACAUGUAAUGUUCCUAUUGAUGUUAACCAUGGAAUCACUGGUGCUCUCCUUUCGUCUUACCGCAUUCUCAAUGACAAUCAUAUGAAGUUAUACUCUGUGGGGCCUUUCUUCUACACCUCUGAAACUCAGUCACUCCCUAAUGGUUAUUAGAGGGCGACAUUCUUGAUUCGUUUUUUGUUUUGCUUUUGUUUCUGUAUUGAUUUGGUUUGUGGUCUGGGAAUGUGAUCAUUGUAUUGAACUCUUGUGUAUUAUUGAUUUUAUUUUUGGUGAUCAGAGGAUAAUGCCUCUGCCAUUUGAGAGAUUUGUAAUGAGAUUUAUUGAAUUAAUAAGUUAAGGGAUUACU